CCUAUGCAUAUGAUGAAUGUGGACGGCUGGGCGCUGUUAUAACACACCGCGACACUCUUAAGCAGCAGUCAACUUGCUGAUUCUUGCACAAGAGUGUGUCGCUGUCGUAGCAUAACAUCUAGAUAUGUUCUUUAAUAUGGACUAGUUACAGAGCAAAUGCUGCUCGGUUGUUGCUUAUAGUUUUCAUGUCCAGCAACUCGAACAAGAAGCAAAGCGCGGUGCCAAGCGGUUCGCUUGGGCUAGGGCCUGCUGCGUUGAAGAAGAGCAACAAUGUCCCAGAAGCCGGUCCGGGCAGCCCAACCUCGCCCUCGCGCCGCAGCAACGUACUGCGCUCACCCUACCUCGUCAAGCCGGGCACCCUGCAAAUCCACGGCCAGGCUGCCAACCCCCUCACCUCGUCGCUGACGGUCACGGGGGCAUCGACUGGCACCACAACUAGCGUCGGGAACUCAUCGGUCACCCAGGCGCUGCAGUUGUACCAGCCAGCCCCCUCCCGCCUAGUGGCCAACGCACCGGCCUCACCCUCCCGCGACUCACAUGACAGGUACCGAAGCGCGAUCCACGGCCAGUCUGCUCUCUCGCAGUCCUCAGGGCCGGGGACACCCACACGGCAGCAUGCAACAGCGCACGCCCCGCCCUUGGGCUCGGCCACAUCUUGUCCUCUGCCCGCACAUGCCGCGGGCACGGCGCCUGCCGGGGCGCCUGCUGCUGGCGGCGCUGCGCCCGCUGUCUCCGCGGUAGCGGGCGGGGAGUCUGACUUGCAGCUGCUGAAGGACCAGGUCAUGAAGCUGCAAAAGGCUUUGGAGAGCCUGAGCGGCCCCUCACCCCUCAUAGACAGCAAUGCGGGCGGGUCAGGGCCCGCUGGCGGCCCCGCACGUACGCUGAGUGGGAGUGGAAUGAACCUGGCUGCAAUCGCGGUGCCGGCACUACACGCCGCGCUCUGGUCAGCGGGCGGCGUGUGGGGCGGCGGCAGCAACAGCAGCGUCGGCAGUGCGAGUAGCAGCAGCAUAGGUUCGGUUGCUUCGUUCAGGAGCACCAGUAGCGCGACGUCCACAGCCACAGGCGGCUCCAACAACACCAACACCAGCAGCGGAAGCUAUGGCGGGCCAACUUCUUCCAACCCGCUUGCCGCGUGGGCGGCGACGGCGGGCUCUGGCUCCGCAGGGCUGGAUGCCUUGCUGCAGGCCGGCGUGCCGCCAUCACCACAGCAGCAACAACAACAGCAAAUUGUGUCGGCGCAAGACGCCAUGCUAAUAGCAGCUCGGGCAAAACUCUUGGAUCUUUUCAUUCGCAAGGCGCACCAGCUGCUCCUGGAGUCUGCGCCGGAGCUGUUGUUGCCCAUCAGCAUGCUGGGAGGGACUGGCAGCGGCAACGCCCGGGACGGUGCGGACGACGGUGCCGCAGGCGCCGCUGCCGCUGGCGGGCGGCCGCCGCUGCCACCCGGUGCCGCCUCACGGCCGGCAUCAGGCAUGAGCCCGGGCGCAAGCGCAGCUCGCAACAGCAAUGCCGCCGCAUCCGCGGCCGCCAGCCCCAUUCCUGCAUCCCGUAUCAUGAGCGCUCCACCCGCACCAGGUGGCGUUGGCGCCGCCUUCGCUGACGGCGCGCGCUCCGGCUGUGGCACCGAGUCUGGUGGGGUGGGAGCCAGCGGUCCAGCCACGGCGUCGUCGUCAACGUCGGGAGGGUUGGGCGCGACGCCCACGCUCGUGUCACUGCCGGCGCUCCCGGCGGACCUGUCGCCGGCGGGCGUGCUGGUGGCGGCGAGCCGGCGGCUGGGCCAGCUGGCGGCGGUGGUGACGGGGCGGGACGCACGAGGCGCGGCGGCGGAGCUGGCGCUGGCGGACACACGCGCCAAGCUGGAGUCAGCACUGAGUGACAACACGCUGCUGCGCAACGCACUGGCUGAGCUGCAAGCCAACACCGCGCGGCCGCAGUCGCGAGGCAACAUGCGAGCCGAAUCGUCUGCGCGCCCGCCUUCGGCCCCGGUUGCAGCGCCCGACCCUAGCUUACUUCGCACCAUCAGUUCGCUGACGACGGAGCUGGGGGCGGCCAAAGCGCGAGCGGAUGCAGCUCAGAAGAGGCUCGACGCAUCUGAGGCUGGGCGUGAGGAGCUGCGGAAACACCUCGCGGACGCAUUAGCGGCGGGCAAGCGUCCGCCCAGCACCGCCGCCGGCGUGCAGGUGUCGCUGGGACCCGACCCCUCGGUGGCAGCAGACCUUGAGGUGCAGCGGGCGGCAGCGGAGGCGGCGCAGGCGGCGCUGAAGGAGCUGCGUGCCCGGGCAGCAAAGCUAGAGGCGGAGGCGGCAGAGGCGCGAGCGCUGCGCGGCCAGCGGGAGGAACUGCUGGGGCGCGUGUCGGAGCUGAAGGCAGCGGCAGACGUGGCAGAGGCCGAGCGGCGGCGGCUGGCGGCGUCACUGGCGGACGCCGGCCGGGGCGCCGCCGCAGCCAGCGAGGCCAAGGCGGAGGCGGAGGCACUGAGGCGCCAGCUGGAGGCUGAGCGACGCAAAGUGGCGGAGGCAGCUAAGUCCGCGGAUUUCGCCGCUUCCGAUUGGAGAUCCAGUCUGGACAGGGCGCGCUCCAAAAUCGAGGAUCUAGAGUCCAAGCUUCAUGAAGCUGAGGCAAAGGCCAAAGUCGCCGCCACCGCAGCCGCUGGCGAGCUGCGCGGCUUCAAGGCGAAGCUGUUGGAAGCUGAGGCGGCGGCUGUCAGGCAGGCGGAUGCAAUGCGGAGGUCGGAGGUGGCGCUGGCGAAGGCGCAGGAGGAAGCGAAGCGUGCGGCUGGGGACGCUGAGGCCCUGAGGCGGCGGCUGGGCUCGGCGGAGGCGGCUGCGGCUGCGGCGCAAAAGGAGGCAGCGGCUGCGGUAGAGGCGGGAGAUCGCAAGCGCGCGGAGCAUGCUGCAAAGAUCUCGCAUCUCACCGAAGAGGUGAAGCAGCUGCGCGAGGAGCUGCGAGCGGUGCAGGCGGAGGCGGAGGCAGCGCGCGCGCUAGCGGCACGGUGGGAGGCAGACGCCACCGCCCUGCACGCCGAGAAGCUCGAGGCAGCUGGGCGGCUGAACCGGUCCCAGUUGGACCUGGAGGCGGAGCGACAGCGGCUGGCGGCGGAGGUGGCGGCCACCGUCAAGCAGCGGGAGGAGCUGCUGGCAGAUGCCAACGCCGUCAAGGCACUGGGCACCCUGACGCAGGCAAAGACGCUGCGGCUAGAUAUUGGCGGCGGCGCGCUGGCGGCGGCGGCUUCAGCAGCGGCUGGCGGCGCGGGCGGCUCCCGGCCAAUGACUGCAGACCCUGCGGCGCAUAUGCGCCUCUCAAACCUUGUGAAAGACCAGCAGCAGCAGCUGGCUGAUCUGCAGGACGCGCUGGCGGCUCGCGAGCAGCGCUGCGGCGAGCUGCAGGUGGCGCUCACGGCGGCGCAGCAGGCCUGCGAGGCGGCGGAGGCCAAGGCGGAGGCGCGGGAUGCGGCGGCGGUUAGCUCACAGGGCGCCACGGCAGAGCGGGAGGCGGUGCUGGCACGGCAACUGCAAGAGCUGCAGGCCACGUUUGACGCCCAGACUGCAAUGGUCACGCGGCUCAAAACCCAGUUUGAUGAGCUCGGCAGCCACUGCGAGUCGGUCAAGGCCCACAACACCGAGCUGCACAAGAUGGCCGAGCGGCUGCAGCGCGACGCCGGCGUGGCGGCGGCUGAGGUGCGGGAGCUGCGACAGCAGCUGGAGGCGGCGAGCCAGCAGCUGGCCGAGGAGCGCACCGCCCGCCAGCGGCUGGCAGACCAAGUGGGGGCCCUGGCUCAGCAGCGUGAAGCCGCCGACGCCGACGCUGCCACCUACGAGGCGCAGCACCGCGGCGACUGCAGCCGCAUGGAGGAGCUGCAGGCCGCACUCCUGCUGGCCACUCAGAAGCUAGCGGGCGCGGAACGAACCAUCAAUGUACAGGACGAGCGCAUUGCCCUGCUGCAGUCGCGGUUGCGGACGCUCCUGGACAUAUGCGCCGCGCUGGGCCCCCCCGCGCAGCAGCUCCUGCCCGACUGGGCGGCGGACCUGUCCGACACCGCCGCCUCGGCCUCGGGCGGCGGCACGCCUAUGCUGACCUCGCCGCGCGCAUCCGCCGCAGCCGCCAGCCUGCAGCUGCCGCCGCUGGGCACUGCUGGCGCCGGCGGCGGAGCGGCGCUGGGCUCGAUGGUGGAGGACAUGAUCAGCCGGGUCAUGGCGGACGCGGCGUACCGAAACGGCAAUGGCAAUGGCGCGGGCGCUUCUGCCAAGGCGCCGCCGGCAGCGCGCAGCAGCGGCGCAGCGCGCGUGACUUCGGCUUCUCCGUCCCGAUCGGCGCAGGCGAACCAGCCGCAGCAGGGCGGUGGCAGCGGUAUGGUCGUGCUGCUGCGGCCGAGCUCGGCAUCGCCUGUGGGCCGUGUGCAGGAGCACGCGACGUCGCCGCUCCCAACAUACGGCAAUCGUGCCAAUGGAGCUGGCGUCAGCGGUCACACCGCUGGCAGCGGAUGGACGUCCGGGUUCACAGGCAGCGGGAGCUCGGGCCCCUCAGCUCGCCCCCAGUCGGCCUGGGUGCAGCGGAACGGGAGCAUGGGCCACGGCCACGGCAAUGCGCUGGUGCCGUCGUCUGCCGCCGUGGCAGGUGGCGGUAGCGCGGCGGCGAGCGCGCUGAUGCGCCGUGUCAACUCGGGCAGCAAUGCCGCCGGCGGCAAUGCGAAUCUGUACGGGCUCCAGCUGCUAGCGGAGGCGGAUGCUCUUGUGGGCGCCGCCGCUGCCGCAGCUGCAGCAACAGGCGGCCGCCCCUCCUAUGGAUCGAUUGCGGAGAACGAGAGUGGCCACGGGCCGCUGAGCCGUCCAUACAGUGCCGCAGUCACGCCUUCUGCCUAUGGCGGGUCUGGAGGUUGGGCAGCGACUGGUGCGCGUGCGGCUCGACCGGGCACCGCCGUCAGCAAGCGCACGGUGCUGCUGCUGUCUACUAGCUCUGCGAGUGGCGGUGCAGCGCUGGAGGAGGCGCUUGCAUUGGACGAUGAUUGGCAGCCGGUGUAGACUUGUGGGAAGCGCCAACGAGAGGAAUUUGGUUUGGCCGAAGCGGAAGUGUGGGCCGUGUGGCUGGGCACAGGUAGUGAAACGGGAAUUCAAGAUACUAAGGAGUUGGAGUUGGAGACGGAGUGGUGGCGAAGGUGAGUCAAGGCUAGACGGGCAGGGCCUGCGACGUUACGACACGGAGGAAGCAGGCGCUGGCGAAGUGGCAAUACGGUAGACGACUGGAGUGGAAACUGGAUGGUGUCGCGGCUGACCUGGAGUAGAAACUGGUAGUGGUAUGAUCGUGACGGCCGUGCAGAUACUGCAGGACAGCAGGAGUUAACUCGCUGACCGGAUGAAAGUUGCUGCAGCUUGGUACGGCACAUAGAAUGCUCCCCUUC